UGUGCCUUACGUCAAUCUGAAGUAAAAUCUAGCGAUUAAAUAAUAUUUAAUUAAAUAAGAUGACUAGUGUCUCGAACGAAACGAAGCCGGAAGCGAAAAUCCAUAUAGAUGAAGUUGAUAAGAGUUUAGAGGAAGAUCUUCUACAAUUAGUGGAUGAUAUAACAAAAAAAGAUGAGAGAGAAAUAUUAUGCUGCCUUGAACAACUGAAAAAUCUAGUGCAGACUUCUACCACAACAAUGACAUCUGUCCCGAAGCCUUUAAAAUAUUUAAGAGGCUCAUACGAAGUUUUGAAAAACUCUUAUAAAAGGAUUAAAAGAAAAGAAAUCAGAGCACUUUUUGCUGAUAUUCUUAGUGUCUUAGCUUUGGCAGGUGCCACUUCCGGUUCAAAAGAGUGUCUCAAUUUCUGUCUCGAAGGAAGCAUGAUAGAUCCUGGAGAUUGGGGUCACGAAUAUGUUCGAAGACUUGAAGUAGAAAUCACUGAAGAGUGGGCAAAUAUACCGAUUAAUGGUGAAAAAAAAAUAAGAGAUAAGCUGAUGCCAUUGAUAACGAGUAUAAUAAAAUUCGACAUGAAGUAUAAUGCGGAAAUCCAAGGAUGCGAUCUUAGCCUAGAAAUAGAUCACCUUGCUCUGCUGAAUGAACACUUGGAUUCUACCAAUUAUUCAAGGGUCUGCAAUUAUCUUUCAUGCUGUGCUGCCUACAGUGACGAAAUUGAGCGUCGGCAGAUUCUUCAAUCAGUGGCAGAUAAUUAUUUAAAAUUCGGUGAUUACUGCAAAGCGACUUUGGUGGCAAUGCAACUUCAGGAUUUUGAUUUAAUUUCCCAGUGCUUCACUACAUGCCCAGAUCCGUUAAUGAGAAAGCAGUUGGCAUUUCUAGUUUCCAGGCAACAGGACAAGCCGUUAAGAAACGAGUACGAGGGCGAAGACGAGAAGGACAUAGAGAUGAUACUGAGCAAUGGUCAUGUCAAUCAAUAUUUCCAAAUGUUUGCUCGAGAAUUGGAUAUUUUAGAGCCAAAGCUUCCAGAAGAAAUUUUUAAAUCUUGGUUUGAGCCGACAGGCAUUUACAGGAUGAAUACUGAACAUGAUUCUGCGAGGGCAAAUUUGGCUACUAGUUUUGCUUCUGGUUUUGUACACGCAGGAUUUGGGAUUGAUAAGCUUAUGUCCAAUAAAGAAGAAUCUUGGGUAUACAAAAAUAAGGACCAUGGUAUGUUAUCAGCAACAGCGUCUCUUGGCCUGAUUCACAUGUGGGACGUGGAUGGAGGACUUGUACCCAUCGAUAAGUAUUUGUACUCAAAUGAAGAUUUUAUUAAAUCUGGAGCUUUGUUGGCAAUUGGUUUGGUGAACUGUGGCAUCCGGAAUGAAUGUGAUCCAGCUUUGGCUCUUCUUAAUGAAUAUGUAUUAAAAGAAAAUCAAACAGUGCGAAUUGGUGCUGUUUUGGGACUUGGAUUAGCUUAUGCAGGCUCACAAAGAAGUGACGUUUCUGAAUUGAUGAUUGGUGUCUUAUCGGACAAACAAAGUUCUAUGGAAGUUAUUUCCCUUGCUGCUAUUUCUUUGGGCCUAAUAAAUGUUGGUUCUGCUUAUUCUGAAGCCUCUUCGGCGAUUCUUCAAAAACUUUUGGAAUUGACUCCUCAGCAAUUAUCAGUUACAUAUUCCAGAUUCCUACCACUGGCAUUGGGUAUAAUUUACAUGGGUUGUCGUGAUGGAAUUGAAGCACCAUCAGCAGCACUUGAAGUCUUGCCAGAGCCCUAUAAAUUGGCUUCACAAACAAUGCUUCAGGUCUGCUCCUAUGCUGGUACUGGUGACGUUUUGAUAGUGCAAGAAUUAUUGCGAAUCUGCUCCGAACCAGUGGAUAAUGCUACGACUGUUGCCAGUUCUUUGCAAAAUGUACCAUCGAGUCCUCAAACACCAAGAUUUUCCUCCAUCUUUAAUAUUCAUGGAAGCAGCAAUAAUAAUAAUAAUGCGUCAAAGAAUAAAUCACUCACAGAGACCAAACAAGAAGAAACGCCUAAUACGUAUAUUGGUCUUUCACAAGCUAUUGCUUCUCUGGGAGUUGGCGUGGUGGGCCUUGCUGAUGGAAAAGAAAAUUCACGAAUAUUUGGACAAGUCGGAAGAUAUGGCCCUGCGCAAGCCCGACUAGCUGUUCCCUUAGCUCUGGCUUUAACUUCAUUAUCAAACCCUGAUCCUGCAUUAGUGGAUGUAUUAAACAAAUACAGUCACGACAAUGAUUUAGAAGUUUCCCUAAACGCAAUAUUUGGGUUAGGACUGGUCGGUGCUGGAACAAAUAAUGCCCGAUUAGCUACCAUGCUGAGACAACUUGCAGCCUUUCAUGCCAAAAAUCCAUCACAUUUAUUUCUGGUUCGCAUUUCUCAAGGACUCAUUCAUCUCGGAAAAGGAACCUUUUCAUUAUGUCCCUUGCGAUUUUCUUCCAAAGUUCUGGAUUUCACAGCUUUGGCUGGAUUAUUGGUCGUCUUUGUUGCAUUUCUUGACUGCAAAAAUCUGAUUUUGAGCAAAACACACUAUUUGAUGUACUGCUUGGCUAUUGCGAUGGAACCCAGCUGGCUUGUCACGCUUGAUCAGGAUUUAAAAACUCUUCCUGUAUCCGUUCGGGUUGGCCAAGCAGUGGACGUUAUAGGCAAAGUUGGCAAUCCAAAAUCGAUUGCUGGUGGGCACGUUCAUACGACUCCAGUGUUAAUGUCUAUUGGAGAAAAGGCAGAACUUGUCACUGAUCAAUAUGAACCUCUCUCAAGUGUCUUGGAAGGAAUCGUUAUUUUGAAAAAAAAAGUCGAGUGAAUCCUAUUUUUCAUCAAAUCUGAGACAACCUGCAUGUAUCUCAGGAUUUCCUGUCAUCCAGUAUUUCUUUCAGAAAUCUUUUAUCUAGCGAUUACUUUUAGAGAAUUGAAAGUUAAAACACCUUCCAGUGAAAAUAAGUUAAUAAUUUAAGCUACAAUCCUAAUUAUCU